AUACAAGUCUUGUAACUGCUGCUUGUGACUGUAAGAUAAAGUGAUUCAUCCUUCUGUGGCUUUAGCGGAGAUCUGAUUAUAUUAGCAUCGUCUUGUCUAAACUGUCCUUGAUAGUUGGCUAAUACUACUACUGGUAUUAGAUGUAGUCAUUCAGAACUCCUUUGGAAGUGCUAAUGAAAUGCUGCUCAUUUGCAAUGGUGAAGUAACCGAAUGCUAGUAAAACAUAUUAGCUGGUUGAAUGUUAGAUGAUUGUUCAACGUUAUGUCUCACAGAAACCUAAUCGUGGAUUGACAUUUUAGUUGAUCCGAAAUAUCCUUCUUUUAAAUGGCAAAGCUUGUUACAGAUUUGAAAUUUAUGUAUAUAUCUAUAGCAUUAGAAAUUAUAAUAGUUGUUAGCUUCACUUGGCUUACUGUUGUGCUCAAAGCAACUUCAUCAUACAGUAUGGUUUUUAUAUGCUCUUCUAUUGUCACCGAGCCUUAUGAUUAUGUCUACGAGCUUAUAAUAUUACUGAUGGUGAUUCAGUAUUGUGAUUAUGUCCUUCAUUUAUUAUUCUGUUUCAUACAAGUCGUGUAAUUUGCUGUUUGUGACUGUACAAUAAACUGAUUCAACCUUCUGCGGUGAUAGUUAAAGUUCAAGUAAAUUAGCUUUAUUUAUCAUAGUAGCAUUUGAUUAUUGAUGCUCUGUAGCUAAUGAUAAGCCAUUGAAGGGAAGCAGAAAUGGUAAAACUUUCUAAAAUGAAUCUACGAAUGGAUGAUAAAGUUAAUGAAUAUUGUUGAUACUUCUGCAAUCAGAUUAUGAGUUACUGAGUCUACUGUUUUUUAAGCCUGUUUCAGAUGAUCGAUCAUCAACAACAACAUAUUCAGUGUAGUAGACAUGAUCGAUCACUUUCUAAUUUUCGAUUAUGCACCCUCUUUUCUCCAAUUUGGUCGUCUUCUUUUUUUCAUGAUGUCACUGAAUUAUUCUCUGGUCGUCCCCACCAUUCAGGAAGUCACUUCGAGCAUAAUGUGAAAACAUCCACAUUUUUCAAAUCCAGCAGAAUUUUCAUCAAACUGGGUUCAACAUUUACUACAUGUAUACACUCUGAAGUCUGAAUCCACUAAUUCUAGAUGGUGCAUCUGUGCCCCCACACUUGUGAAAGCUUAUUCUCAAUUUUUUAUUUUCCACAACUUGAAUUCAGACCACACAACUCCCGUGUCUUGUACGGUCAGCAUCUGAGUGGAGAACUCAAUUAAGUGACUUUAACGUCGAGUUCUAUAGUAAACAACCCCUAUAUCUUUUUUCAAGCAUGUUAAAAUUGCGAACACACUGAAAUUUCCAGGUCGUUAAUCUUGUACCCAGUGUGUGUACUUUUCAAAAAAAAGUCAGUUUUUUAGUCUCUAAAACACAUUUAAAUAGAGUUUAUUUGCCCAUCUUUUGUUCCUCAUACUAGACUUGGAGUCAACACAACACAACAACAAUGAAUUCCAUUUUUCCUCUUUGUUUAAUUCUCUCUUUAUUUCUUCCUAUGUUUGCUUCUUCGACGGUGUUGUUUCAGGGGUUCAAUUGGGAAUCGAGUAAUAAGCAAGGUGGAUGGUACAACUCUCUCAUCAACUUAGUUCCAGACUUGGCUAAAGCUGGAGUUACUCAUGUUUGGUUACCACCGUCAUCUCACUCUGUUGCUCCUCAAGGUUAUAUGCCAGGAAGGUUGUAUGACUUAGAUGCUUCCAAGUUUGGGAAUCAGCAACAACUGAAAACUCUUAUUAAGGCUUUACAUGACCACGGGAUCAAAUCGGUUGCUGAUAUAGUGAUAAAUCAUAGAACUGCUGAUAACAAAGAUAGCAGGGGAAUAUACAGCAUCUUUGAAGGAGGAACGUCUGAUGACCGGCUUGAUUGGGGUCCAUCUUUCAUUUGCAAGAACGACACACAAUAUUCUGAUGGCACGGGGAAUCCAGACACAGGUUUGGACUUUGAACCUGCCCCUGAUAUCGAUCAUCUUAAUACCAGAGUGCAGAAAGAGUUAUCAGACUGGAUGAAUUGGCUGAAAUCUGAAAUUGGAUUUGAUGGUUGGCGUUUCGAUUUUGUUAGGGGAUAUGCACCUUGCAUUACCAAGAUUUAUAUGAGAAACACAUCCCCGGAUUUUGCAGUUGGUGAAUUUUGGAACUCUCUUGCUUAUGGCCAGGAUGGGAAACCGGAAUAUAACCAGGACAAUCAUAGGAAUGAGCUAGUUGAUUGGGUUAAAAAUGCAGGGUGGGCUGUAACAGCCUUUGAUUUUACAACAAAGGGAAUUCUUCAAGCUGCAGUUCAAGGAGAGUUAUGGAGAUUGAAGGAUCCCAAUGGAAAACCUCCUGGGAUGAUAGGUGUUUUGCCUCGAAAAGCUGUGACUUUUAUCGAUAAUCAUGAUACUGGAUCGACACAAAAUAUGUGGCCUUUCCCUUCAGACAAAGUUAUGCAAGGAUAUGCAUACAUUCUAACUCAUCCAGGAAUCCCAUCAGUGUUUUAUGACCAUUUCUUUGAUUGGGGAUUCAAGGAUGGAAUUUCAGCACUAAUCUCUAUUAGGAAAAGGAAUAGGAUUUGUGCAACAAGCAAUGUGCAAAUAAUGGCUUCUGAUUCUGAUCUUUAUAUAGCAAUGAUUCAUCACAAAAUUAUUGUCAAGAUUGGGCCAAAACUUGAUCUUGGAAAUCUUAUUCCACCUAAUUAUGAGGUGGCAACUUCUGGACAAGACUAUGCUGUAUGGGAGCAAAAGGCAUAAUCAUAUUGUAGUACCAUUUAUUUACCACACUAAAAGUGACCAUGGACAAAAUGGUUCUUAGUGUUAAUGUUAUAUGAUUGAAAAUGUAAUUUAUAUCGGCAUAAUGAAGGCCGAAAAUUCAAUAAAUUAUAUUCAAUUCAAUA